GAGUAGCAAAAUGAAAAAGCAACGCAUUGUAUCAUUCGCGCAUCCGCGUGGGUCAACGUCUCUUUCUCUCUAGAUUGUAGUUCGCUCUAUAUAUCAAAUAGCGAAUUCAAUCGAAAUCAGCUGUUUUCCUUUUCCUCCAUUAAUAUUUAUAAUUCGAAUUAAAUGAGAUCGGGGAGUCUUGCGAUUGUUUGUCAUCGUUUAGCUGCAUUCGCCAAGCGUGCGCAUGCGAAAUAAAAGCUUUGACAAAAACGAGCACCAUAUCAUUUUUUUUCCAUCUACACACAUGUGCGCUUCGAUUACUUUCGAUCUUCGUAACGUGCAAAUUAUGUGAGUUUAUACAUAUAGAAUUUUCAACAAGAUAUUUAUUGGGAUUUAUUGCAUGCGCAGAGAAAACGGAUCGUAACUAAAUUUACGAUAUAACGUAUUACAAAGAUGCGAUGAAAGUUCAAAUUUUGCAUCGAUUUAAAGUCAUAUUUAUUAUAGAUUAUUUGUUAGCAAGAGAAACCUAAUUAAAAAUUGAUGCCAAUGAUAUUUAAUUUUGGCUGCACAUAGCUUUAUGAAAAUUGCAUUAGUCGUUCUAUUGUUCGAGUUAUAAUUGCAUUUUUCAAUUUCAAGAUAACGCAUUGAAAAAGAAACGUGCUUGGUAUCAUUUUAUCAGUCGCGCAAUUGUUGCCGCAAGAUUGUAUAAACAUGUAUGUGUAUACUUAUAUGAAAUUUAAAAUGACAAUGUAGAGAAUGGCAUCGACUAUGGUACGAUCUAUAAACGGUGGUGGCGCUUUCGUCACUUUGCGCACCUUCGAACAGGCGACAUUUAUUCGGAUUGAUAUCGCCGAAGAAUGCCCCUCUGAUUACACUACACACUACUUCCAAAGUUUAACCACCAAUUCCUUCGCUGAAGCGAAGGAUUCUUCGGAUAUGGAGAAUGAAAUAUCGACACGAAGAGGUCUUUUGACCGUUGGUCUGAUUUUUAUGUUAUCAUCUUCUGCCUUAUUCUAUGUGUACAUGAGUUUUCCAGAAUUGCAAGAAGAUGAAAAGCAAUACGUUAAAUUACCUUUUAAUAUAGAAGAUGCCAAGAAUCUCGGGAAAUUAUUAGGAUCUUACAAAGACUUAUACUAUAUUCAAGUUUUGACUGGACUUUUCGUCACAUAUAUAUUCCUGCAAACAUUUGCAAUACCUGGAUCAAUCUUCUUAUCUAUCCUCUCAGGGUUUCUGUUUCCAUUCCCCCUAGCUCUUACUCUGGUUUGUACCUGCAGUGCAAUUGGAGCUUCACUUUGUUAUUUACUUUCUUCAUUAGUGGGAAAAAGGCUGCUGCGUAAAUAUUUUCCAGAGAAAGCCAAAACUUGGGCUGAAACAGUGACUAAGCAUAGUAAUAAUUUAUUAAACUAUAUGAUAUUUUUAAGGAUUACACCUCUAUUGCCAAAUUGGUUUAUAAAUCUUGCUAGUCCAGUAGUUGGAGUGCCUAUGAUGCCAUUUGUAUUAGGUACAUUUUUAGGUGUUGCACCUCCUUCUUUUGUAGCCAUCCAAGCUGGGCAAACCUUAAAUAAUUUGACUUCAUCAAGUGAUGCAUUUUCGUGGAAUAGUAUAAUUUUAUUAUUUGUUUUUGCGCUACUAUCGGUUGUACCUGUUAUCUUCAAAAAACAAAUUAGAGAAAAAUUCGAGUGAAUCUUAUUAUCAAUGACUGUGAAUGUUGUAAAAUAUUAAAAAAAAAAGUUUUUAUACUGCACUAGAUCAGUA